AUGGCCGACUCAACGCCCGAUGCGCCAACUUCGGAAAUAGUUUCCAUCACCCUGAGCCAUGAUGGCAAGGUACACAGCUUCCAACUUGAACCUGAUGCGACCAUCACCGACCUGGCAAACACCGUCGAGGAGCAGCUGUCCAUCCCCGUAAGCAACCAAAAGUUCAUCGCCCCAAAGCUCGGCCUGCUCAAGGCGCCGUUUAAAGACCCAAACCUGCCCGUUGCGCAGCUCGACAAUCGCAAGCCCAUCAAGUUAAUGGGCACGACGGCCGGCGAUGUUGCCGACUUGAACAAGACCCUCGAUGCCGCCGCGGCCCGCGAAGCAGUCUACGCCGCCCAGCGCCGCGCCCAGCCCAAGAUCCGAACCCAAAAGACGGCGCAGCAGCUCCAGGACGAAGCCAAGUAUACCUUUCACAAGGUGGAACCGCUACGCUACCUACCCAACCCGGAGCGCUCGCGGCAGUUUCUCGAGCGGCUCAAGGCCGACCCGGGUAUCGUAUCGGUCAUGCGCAAGCGGCAGUACACGGUCGGCCUGCUCACCGAGAUGGACCCGCUCAGCAAUACGGAGAGCAACCACGAGGGCACCACGCGCCUGCUGGGUCUGAACCGCAACCGCGGCCAGGUGAUUGAGCUGCGCCUGCGCACCGAUGCCUAUGACGGCUACCGCGACUACAAGACCAUUCGCAAGACGCUCUGCCACGAGCUCACGCACAAUGUGCACGGCGACCACGACCGCAAGUUUUGGGACCUGUGUCACCAGAUUGAAAAAGAAGUGGCCCAGGCCGACUGGAAGUCCAGCGGGCGGUCCAUCUCGGCGCAGAGCGAUUUCUACGAGCCGAGUGAGGAAGUGGCAUACGACCACGGCGGCUGGACUGGCGGCGAGUUUGUGCUCGGCAGCGGUCCGAGUGGCAGCCGGGCGGCGGGAGGUCGGAGUAUCAGGGAGGUCCUGGCCGAAGCCGCCGAGGAGAGGAUACGGAGGACAGACGCCUCGAGAAGGCAGAAUGAUGAAGCUGAUCCGGGGCAGGAAAACCCCUAA